AUGUCGACACACCAAGACCGCAAGAGCACCCUUCACGGCACCGGAGACAUGAUCCUCGAUUUGGUGUGCGACCUGGCGACGCCUCGACAGUGGACCAAGUGGCUGCGGGUUCCUCUCGAGCACGCGGCAGGUACAGGAAACGCUGCCCUGGUAGAGAAACUGCUGAAGGUUGGGGCGAACGCGAGCGCCGGGUGGAGGGGCUGCGAUGGUCGUACUCUGAUGCACGCGGGUGCCGAAGGCGGAAGCGAGCAAGUAAUAUCAAUGUUGACGAGGGCAGGCGCCGGGAAAUACAUCAACGAUCAAGCACCUCUUUCCGGUCUUACGCCGCUCCACCUUGCGGUUAGUGGCGGGAAGUUGGCUGCUACGAAGGUGCUCAUGCUGGCUGGGGCGGACGUGAACAGACUCGAUGCCGAUGGCGUUGCUCCCCUUCACCUCGCCCUCCAACACGGUCACGCGGAGCUUGCUCAGGUGCUUUUGCUCGGCGGAGCCGAUGCCGACAAGCAACUCCGCAAUGGCAACUUUCCCAUUCACCUCGCUGCCCGCCGUGGGGAAGACGGGGUACUACGUAGUUUGCUGCACAAGGGGGCGAAGGUGGAUCGCCGCUGUUCCGCAGGGAAUACCCCGUUAUGUCAUGCACUGGACGCCGGUCACAUCUCCACCGUAAACGUUUCUCUUGGCUGGGGGUGCCUCUGGCUGGAGCCGACAUCGAAGACUUGUAUCGCGGGGAGACCACCCCUCUGCGUGUCGACCUUCUCCAUCAGCUAUUUCGCAGCCAUGCUUGCCCUCUUGAAGUUGGGAGCAGACCUCCAUGCGAAAUGCCCGCACAACGGGAUGACCGCCUUGCACACCGCGUGCCACGUGGUAAACCCUGACGCCGCGGACCUGCUGUUGAGAUGGGGCGCUGACGAGACUGCCGUCGACUGGAACGGCGCGACAACUUCCGCGGUAAUCCCUAGAAUCGACGAAGCUCCCGAAGAAAACGGUCCGGCAAUCCUACGUCUGACCAAGUUGCUGAAGUUCGCCGACCAGGACAGAACCUGGCGUCGCCGGGGCCUCCUGGUCAUGUGCCGCGCUCACCCAGAGACUGGGCCCGGCAGCGGAUGUCUCCAACACUACCGCUGA